GAAAGAUUUUUCUAAAUAUAACAAUCAAUUUGAUAUCUUUAUUUUCAUUGGUUGACUUCAAAAUAGCCAGGCAUUUUCAAAACAGAAGGGAGGGCAACAAAUAUUAGAAUAAGAGUUAGGAAAAUGAAGAGCAAACCAGAUAGAGAGAAGAAUCAAAAUAUACAAGUGUCUGUUCGAUGCAGGCCUAUCAAUGAAAUUGAAAGAAAACAAGCCUCUUACUCUGUCGUGGAAUGUAAUGGUGAAAAGAGAGAAGUGACAGUGAAGGAAAGACUGGGAGUUAACCCUAACACAAAAACCUUCUUUUUCGACCAUGUGUUUCCACCAGCAGCGAAACAGCUUGACGUGUACAAAAAAGUUGUCACACCAAUCAUUGAUGAAGUGCUGUUGGGAUACAACUGUACCAUAUUUGCAUAUGGACAGACGGGCACAGGCAAAACUUUUACAAUGGAGGGGGGAAGGGCAGAUGGUCAAGAUGUGUCUUGGGAAAAAGACCCAAUGGCUGGCAUCAUCCCAAGAGCCAUGUUUAACAUAUUUGAGCAGCUGUCAAAAUCACAGGAUAUUGAAUUUUCGGUGAGGGUGUCCUUCCUGGAGCUGUACAAUGAGGAACUCUUUGAUUUGCUAGGGUGCUCAGAAGAUGCCCUCCGUCUCAAGAUCUACGAGGACAGUACAAAAAAGGGAUCAGUCAUUAUACAAGGAUUGGAGGAGGUUGUUGUCAGGAAUAAGUCAGAAGUGUUUGAAAUCUUGGAGAGAGGAUCAGCUCGAAGACAGACGGCAGCGACAUUAAUGAAUGCCACCUCUAGUCGAUCUCACACAGUCUUUUCUGUCACCAUUCACAUCAAGGAGAACACAAUCGAUGGGGAAGAACUCCUAAAAACAGGAAAACUCUAUCUGGUGGAUUUGGCUGGAAGUGAAAACAUUGGUCGUUCCGGUGCAGUGGACAAGCGAGCCCGAGAAGCCGGGAACAUUAACCAGAGUCUGUUGACUCUGGGGCGUGUUAUUACAUCCCUUGUGGAACAUGCACCUCACAUCCCAUACAGAGAGAGUAAGCUGACUCGUCUAUUACAAGACUCGCUUGGAGGAAGAACAAAGACCUCGAUCAUUGCCACCAUAUCUCCUGCUUCCUGCAAUCUUGAGGAGACACUAAGUACCCUGGAUUAUGCUUUCCGGGCAAAGAACAUCCAAAAUCAACCAGAGGUGAACCAGAAACUGACUAAGAAGGCGCUACUGAGGACCUACAAUGAAGAAAUAGAGAGACUGAGGCGAGAUCUUCAGGCCGCGAGAGAGAAAAAUGGCAUCUAUUUAGCGGAGGAAAAUUACAUUGCUAUGCAGACUAAGAUCAGACAGCAGGAGGAUGUUAUUCACGACAUGGAAGAACAGUUAGAAGGUCUCACGAAGGAAAGAGACAAGGUCAAUGAAUUGUUUGAGACUACACAAAAAGAGCUUGACGAGACAAACAAGAAAUUGACAAAGACAACAAACCACCUGGUACGUACAACAGGUGCUCUGGAGGAGACCGCACAGGUCCUAGAAUCGACAGUGAAGGAACGGGAGGAACAGCGCUACCUGGUGUCACAUCAUGUCAAUGCUGAGAACUGUCUUUAUGGGGAGGCAACUGAGUUAAUGUCCACUGUCCAGUCUACAAUAUCAGAUGUACACGGACUGCACGACAAACUAGACAGAAAGCGAUCAGUGGAGAGACACAAUGAGCAAUGUCAGACGGACUUUCAGGGGGCCUUCAACAAAGAGAUCAACACUAUAGAGAGAAAGCUGGAUGCCUUUGUACAGUCACAGAAAGGCUACCACUCGGACCGCACUAAGAUGAUAGCUGACAUGUUGGAGAAGGGGAGAACUGAAACAAACACACUCGGUGAUUUGGUCACUAGUUUCAAUGGCAGACUGAAUGAACACUUAACCUCUUUGCACCAACACACUGACACACAGACAGAAUGCAGGUUGGUCUGGAUGGAAAAAACUCGUGCAGAUUCCCAAAAUACACAGACAUCAGAGGAGUGUAGGAACCAGCAGUUCUAUCAGGAAACUUUUUUAACUUUGAUUAAAAGUUCACAAGAAAGACUGGAGAUGUCUACCCGGGUCUUGCAGCAGGAGUUAGAGAGAUUCCAGGAGCAGAAAAAAGAGUUUGAACAGACAACACAGUGUUGGACCAACUCCAUCUCAGAACACCUGUCUAAAGUGAAAAGCAUGGUAGGAGAGUUCUCUAACGAGACAAACCAGAAACUGGGCUCUCUGGAGCAGUCUCAGAGCGAGAUGAACGAGCUGGAUGAGGAAUUGGAAAAAAUUCUGAUCAAGAAGCGAAAGCUUUUGAGUCAGUCUCAGACAACGACGAAAGACACUCACAGUCGACUGGACAAGUUCUCGGGCGAAAUCAGCAUGGAAAUUGACACUCUGGACAAUCAUUGUCAUGAGAGUGGGAAGUCCAUUGUAAAGAAUUUUCAGGAGACGUUUCUUUCUCACGGAGAGGAAAUCUCAAAGGUCUCCAGUGAAUUAGACAUCUGCAAGGAUACUAGUCAACAGAUUUCUGACAAAGUUAAUGAAAAUAUGGAGCAGGGCAACAGGGUGUUGAGAAGCUAUGUAGAGAGGCUUGGUGAAUGUGUAGAAACAGAGAAAACAGUGGUUACGUCGGCGAAAGAAUCUCACCAACAAAUGGUGGAGGAUCUGAAAACAGACUGUGACUGCAGCUUAGACAAGAUAUCAAUUACUAAAGGUGUCAUGAGAAAAUUAGUAGAAUCUUCGUCAGCUGAUCUAUCCAAUCAGAGUAGUCAGAGUAAUGAUCACAUGCUACAGUGGUCCAAUCAGCUGCAAACAGAUCUAGGAAAUCGAGUGGAGGAUAUAAAUGCUUUCUUACAAGAGAAGAUGAAAAAAGACAUACCAACAGGGAGCACCCCGCAGAGGAGGGAUGUGACAUACCCCCAGAAUCUGACGAGGACCAGUCGCCAUGAGGAGCUUCUGGAGGAGUAUGGCUUUCAGCCUCCACCAAUCAAAGCCAACCUUAUGAGAAGUCUAGAACUGGCUGCCCAGGAGGAGGAAACUGAGGGUGAAAUUAACCAGAUGGAAAGCUCAAGCCAAGCAUCAAACAAGGAUAUACCGGACGAUGUUAGUGAGGCUGGUAGUGAUAUGUCGUGUUCCUCCACAACAUCAGGGAUGUCUGUGUACAGCUAUUCCAGCAAGACAUCAGAAACCAAAGAAAAUAUGAUGAAGAAGCCUAGAAAAGUGAAAAUAAACAGCUCCAACAUUACUCCACGAAACAAGACCAGGCUGCCACUGCGAUCUAGCAACAAUGAUUGAAAGACAAGUAGCUCAGGAAAUGGAAAAUGAAUUUUCUAAUGUGUGGUUUUUUUAAAUUCUGAAAACAGUAACAUUGGAUUGGAAAUGUUUGUGCAAUACUUCUUGGCUGUUUUUAGUAGCGUCGCUGUGUGAGUGGAAACGCAGUCCAUGUGAAACAUACCAUGUACAGAUGUGAUCGCUAUAUUUCAGUUUUCUUCUCUGUAUUGCUAUCCUUAUUUCUGCCUUUUAUUGUCUAUUUCAUUGUCUGGUUCUUUUAUAGAUUAUACAUAAACUUAAUUGUAUUGAAUCAUGUAUAGAGAAAGCGAGGAAAAAUAAACCGUGAAGCUAAAA